AUGUAUGCUGCCUACAAAGACCAUACCAACCACAUGGCACACGAUCGUCCGGAAUUCGUUGAAUAUCCUUACCUCAACGUCAGAAACAAGCCUUUCCCAUGGGGAGAUGGUAACCACUCAUUGUUCCACAAUCCUCGGGAGCAGUAUGUGCCCGGCGUUGGAUUCGAGGAGGAACGAAAAAAGCACUAG